UGGAGGAAAAUAAAGAAUCAUCACUUCAUGUCCUCCACCCUCUGUCUUAUUCUCCGCCCUCUCCCUCCGUCUGUUUUUCUGACUGGGGAAGGAGCUGGAGACAGUAGACAGGCGUCGUAAGCAAGCGAUGCUCCUUUGAAAUGUAUUUAUUUUAGAACGAUUCAUCGUAACUUGACACAAUUCUAUAUCUCCUGACAAUUUGAUCUGCUCGUACUCUAACACAACAGUUUGCGUUUUUAGUCUAAGUAUAGCAUUUAGAGUUGGAUAUGGUCAACUGGAUCCAGGAGUGUUUUUGAUGAAGACAUCUGGCGCUUUAAUCGUUCCGUGUUAAACGGACCGCGCGCGCUUCGAGUCGACUCGGCGGUCACGUAUCUCGGAGUCAGACGGAGUGUCUUCGUUGAGGCUGGUGGAUGAAAGCCAUGCUGUCACUGGACGAGCCCCUGGACUUGAAGAUUUCCUCUGGCCGUGACAGGACGCUGAGAAUGUCCAUCUGUGCCCCGCUGCACUUUUCUCGUGCUCGAAUAUCCCGUGCUUUGCACAAGCCCAAAAGCCCUGAUGCAGCUGACAAGGACAUGUCAGAUUCCUCAUCGUCCACGGUGGUAGAUCUGAGUCUGUCUCCAUCUUCCUCUCCCUCACCACCCUCUCCUAUAGAUAGUGGCGCCAGCUGGAGCCCCAGAGCGCCUCUUCUGGCCUCAGAAUCUGAAAGCACCACAUACCAUGAGGACGGCGCCUCUCAUCCUCCAGGUUUCCAGUUCUUUCUGCCAAUUGGUGCAGAGGGGCCCCUGUGCCUGCCCUCCUCAAUGCUGAUUGGCCAGCACUCCCCUGAGCCCUCGAGUGAUGAACAGCUGGCCUGCCGCUGGCUAAAGUGCCAUCUGCUGUUCGAGAGCCUGCAGGAUCUGGUGGACCAUGUGAAUGACUCGCAUGUGAAACCAGAGGAGAAUUCAGGAUACUGCUGCCACUGGGAGGGCUGCGCACGCAAGGGAAGAGGAUUUAAUGCCAGGUACAAGAUGCUGAUUCAUAUCCGCACACAUACCAACGAGAAACCUCAUCACUGCCCUACCUGCCACAAGAGUUUCUCACGCCUAGAGAACUUGAAGAUACACACCCGCUCACACACAGGAGAGAAGCCAUACAUCUGUCCUUACGAAGGCUGCAACAAGCGCUACUCAAACUCCAGCGACCGCUUCAAACACACGCGCACGCACUACGUCGACAAACCCUACUGCUGUAAAAUGGUGGGCUGUCUGAAGCGCUACACUGACCCCAGCUCUCUCCGCAAACACAUCAAGGCACACGGCCACGCUGUAGUGCAGGAACGUGCUGCCUCAACCAGAACCAACAGGCUGGAUGGCGUCUCAUCGAUGGAUCGAUCUUACCCUGGAGCGGCUCGUUUCGUCCUACCAGGUGCGGCGACAACCUUAUUUGGGGCUCACACCUACGCUGGGCCCCUUAGCGGUCAUCCCCUGGAUCUCUCCAGGCUCAGUCCGCUUUUAGGAGCCAGGCCAGUGAUGUACCCCAACUCAGGUGCUCUUGGGAUUGGGAAGGUGCCUAUCCUGCACCCCUUGUUGUUGCCGCCAUUCAGUCUCGGUUUGGGUCAAACUGAAAGAACAGUUGAAGAAGAAGAUGAUGUUGAUGAUGAAAAUGAAGGCAGGAUGGGAGUAGGACGAGGCCCUCACUCAUGGGUCGUGAUCCCUCCGGGCAUGCUGUUCUUGAAACAGAUGGCAAGCACGUAAAGAGACACAUAAACCUUGUUCACACUGCACACCGGAUUUGGAUUUCA